CCAUCCGCUUUUACUUUCCCGCCCAAUACAGUCCCUCAUCUCCCUCUGUUGCUGUUCGCUUCUCUUACUAGUGUCAGUCAGAGCGCCUCUAUCCACCGAUGGAUAUGGACAUGGACAUUCCCCUUCCAGAAGAGCUUGAAUUGCUCGAAUCCAACUCCCACUUUUACGACGACUACGUAGACCUCGAACCGCCGGAACCCUAUCCAGAAGAAGACGAACACCAGCCUCAACCCCAACCACCACUACCAACACCGUCUUUAGAUCCCGCCCUAUUCUUCGAGAUCCACUCCAACGGCCAAAAGCGCCCGCGUUCGGACGGUGCCGACGCCUUGACCCCUGAAAAUGUAGGCCUGUCGGACGAGAAGCGGUCCAGAAUUGACGACGUGGAGCCGGAUUCUGACGAGGCGUGGCUCCGCUACUCACCGCCACAUAGGGAGACCAAUCCUGACGUCGAGGAACAAGGGCGUGUCGCGGAGGAGAAGAUCGUGUCGAGGUACGCAUCCCAUAUAGACGGUGAUUGUAUUCCGGUGACUGCACCGAGCGGCGAUAGGGUUUAUGCGAAGAUAUGCAGGGUGGUGGGCGAGGAGCGGUCUAAGAAAUUGGAUAUGAAAGAGCAGUCGGGUGGUCUUAUUUUGGAACCUGUCGAUAUUUUAUUGCAAAGAGUUGAGCAAGAGGCUUUUACUAAGGCUUUGCUAGCAAGUUCUGAAGGCCAGACUGAUAUAACUCUUCCUGAAAGACCUGUGGUGCAUGAACAACUUUGGGUAGAUAAAUAUGCUCCAAGUUCAUUUCCUGAGCUUCUCAGUGAUGAACAGACAAAUCGAGAGGUCCUCUUGUGGGUUAAACAGUGGGAUUCUUAUGUUUUUGGGUCUGAAAUUAGGAGUACAUCAGAUGAGGUUUUGUCUGCUUUGAGAAGACAUUCUUCUAUCGCUCAACAUCAAAAGCAUCUUAAUUCAAAUUUUCUGAGGAAGAACAGAGGACCCAAAUGGCAUAAUGAAAGAUUUAGAAAUUCAAACCAUUUGGAGAAUGAGAAUAGCAAUUUGCAAGGCCUUCAAGACUCAUGGAAUAAGAAGUCAAGGCUAACUGGCCUGCCAGAACAGAAGAUUCUUUUACUUUGUGGCCCCCCCGGACUUGGAAAGACUACACUUGCACAUAUAGCUGCUAAGCAUUGUGGGUAUCAUGCGGUGGAGGUUAAUGCUAGUGAUGAUCGGUCAUCAUCAACAAUGGAAGCUAAAAUUCUUGAUGUGGUCCAGAUGAACUCUGUUAUGGCCGACUCAAGGCCGAAGUGUUUGGUGAUUGAUGAAAUAGAUGGAGCUCUCAAUGAUGGCAAGGGUGCUGUGGAAGUUCUUUUAAAGAUGGUGUCUGCUGAAAAGAAGUCUGAUAUGGGGAAGGAAAAUGUUGCUAAAGAAGAACAAUCAGGAAAGAAAUCCUCAAAGAAGGGACAUAAAACGGCAUCACUAUCAAGACCUGUAAUUUGCAUAUGUAAUGACCUAUAUGCGCCUGCCUUGAGAACAUUGCGUCAGGUAGCAAAGGUUCUUGUAUUUGUUCGUCCAACAGCUAGCCGUGUGGUAAGCAGGCUCAAAUAUAUUUGUAACAAGGAGGGAAUGAAAACGAGUUCCAUUGCACUCACUGCACUUGCAGAAUAUACAGAGUGUGAUAUACGCUCGUGCUUGAAUACUCUUCAAUUCCUCAACAAGAAGAAUGAAACACUCAGCGUGUUGGAGAUCGGUUCUCAAGUAGUUGGCCGGAAGGACAUUUCAAGAAGUGCAUUUGAUAUCUGGAAGGAGGUUUUUCAAAGGAGACAAAUGAAGCGGGAGAUAAAAUCUAAUAAUAGUUCCAGCCGUAAGUGCAAUGAGUUUGACCUUCUGCACUCCCUCAUAUCUAACCGUGGUGACUAUGAUUUGAUAUUCGAUGGGAUCCAUGAAAACGUUUUGCAUCUCAAUUAUCAUGAUCCACUGAUGCAAAAGACUGUGAAGUGCUUAAAUAGCCUUGGUGUUUCUGAUAUGAUGCACCAACAUAUCUUGCACACGCAGCAUAUGGCUCUUCUUGUUUAUCUGCCCCCUAGUGUAAUCUCUGUGCAUCAUCUAGUAGCCCAAGUUCAAAAACCUAGCAUCGAAUGGCCCAAGUCAUAUCAAAGAUACCGAACAAUGUGGUUGGAAAAGAUGGAGUCUGUAAGGUCUUGGCACUACAAAAUUCCACCUUAUAUUUCAAGGCACAUGUCAAUUAAGUCUUUUGUAGAAGACUUGAUUUCUCCAUUAUUGCAUAUUCUGUCACCACCAACUCUAAGACCGGUGGCAUUGCAGUUACUGUCAGAAAGAGAAAAGCAUGAUCUGGCUCAGUUGGUUAGCACAAUGGUAUCCUACGCAAUAACAUUUAAGAAUGUCAAAUCUGAUCCUCUGCCCAUUAAACUGAGACAUGAAGCAGCUUUGGAAGCCUCAUCACUUUCUUUUGAUCCUCCGAUUAAUGACUUUGUUGGCUUCAAGGACUAUAAUUCUGGUCACUGUGUACUUGCUUUGGCCAUGAAGCAGGUUUUGUUGCACGAGGUUGAAAAGCAAAAGAUCUUGCAAGUAAGCAUCAGAAGAUCCAUGUACACAACAGAUGGAUGCAUCAAGGAAAGGUUGGAUUUUGUAAAUAUGGAAACCAGCAGAGCUCCAACUACCAACACUAAUGAUGUGCCAGCACGUGUUGAGAAAAACAUUGAAAAUGAAAAGAAUAUGUUAAAUAUGGGGCUAUGUAAUCCAAGUACUUCCAAAAUUUCGUCAAACUUGGCUUCCAGUGAAAAUGAUGCAGCUGGUUUGAAACUAAAAUCCCAUGGACAUCAGAAAAAGCCUUUUCGUGGUUCCUCUAGUUUCUUUGACAGGUUUAAGAAGUUGAGUAGUAAAGGAUCUCAGACUGCUGAUAUUGCUGUGAAGAAAGAAGUGACCUUGGAGAGAGAUUUGCGUCCACUGCUAUUUAAAUUUAAUGAGGGUUUCACAAAUGCUGUUAAAAGGCCAGUUCGAAUUCGUGACUUUCUUCUGUGAUGAAUCUCAGUUCUUGUAAGCGAUAUGAAAUCAUUCUUUUCUUGCUUGUUAAUAAUAUAUGUAUAUAUAUCAAUUUCAUUCCGUUGACUGGAUUUAAAAUUUUACGUAAUGUUCAUAAUGGAAUUCUAUA